AUUUUAUUUUUUUCAAAUUUUAUGGACGGUUAGUUAACUGUAUGCGCUGUUAAGUUUCCUGCUAAUUUGCUCUGAUUCUUUAGCUGAAUUAUGCGAGAUUGUCUCAGAAAUGGUGAAUCUUUUAUUUUGGGGAGGUAAAAGUUCUUUUCCUUUUCAACUGGUUUUCUCGGUAAAUUGAUGAUCCUUUUCAUUUAGCGUAGGGGAAUUAUGAUUUUUUCCUCGAUAAGUCUAUGACAGAGAAGCAUGUUGGAAUUUUGUUGUUAAUUUCUUGAUGUUCUUAAUUAUAUAUUGUUAAUAUCUUUUUGUAUCUCAAUUAUGAUUAGUUUUGAUUGCAUGAAAUCUUAUUUUCAUUUGGGUAUUGAAAAUCCGUUGUUUUGGGCGGCCAACAUGUUGCUCAUGCUGAGACUUCAAAGUGGGAAAUAUUUGAUGGAACGGGAUGAUAAGUUUUUCAGUUACUAUUUAUUUAGUGGAGUGUGAAUGGAAUGGCUGUGUGUAGGCUUAGUCAGGAAUGUAUAAUAGGCAAGAUGUUCGAAAUGUGACGAGCUGUGGUCCUUCGAGGGCACUCCCGGAUAAUGCUAGUUUGUUUGAGAAGGGAUUGGCUCAAAAAGUAUCUCCCCCAUGUCGAGAUGAUGACAAAGAUGGACAUUAGAUUUUUGCACUUGGAGAGAAUUUAACUUCUCGCUGUAAUUACGCGUAAUCACUUAUUGAAGAGCUUCUUUUCUACAUUUUGUUUUGUCUCAUUUGCUUACUUCGUGAAAGACUAUAACAGGCUAGAUGAUAUCUGAGUGUAUUGUAACAUUGUCUUUGUCUUUUCUGUUGUCACUUUCCUUGAUUUUUACCACCUAAAGUUCAUUUAGUUUUUAGAUUGCAUUGAUUUUCAAGAUCAAUCUUAUAGAUGAAGUUUCACAUUGACAUACAGUCCUAGUUUUACAGAAGUUAAAAUCUCUUUUACUUCAUUUAUUCAUAAAGUUUUGGAGUGGCAGAAAUCAUGGGAAAAUCAAUUUUUCAGCUGCCAAUAAUUCAUUAUUCCUGGUGGCCGAAAUAUAUUUUACUAACCCUCUUCUUUCCACCUCCCAAAGUGAAGUUAACAAAAAAGAAGACAGCUGAAAAAGUUCUCAUCUUGAUCCUAGUACUCGCACAAUCUAUCUAUUUUUUUUUUUUUCAGAAGCCCAAAUUUAUCGUUUCCCUUCUACCUCCCAGUGUUUUAAUAAGAUUUAUGUUAGUUGAGCUGGAAUCUUGUAUUCCAUUUACUCUUGAUGCAUCUACUAUUUUAUUUCUUCCCAAAUUCAACCUUCCUUUACAGCUUAUGGUUUUCUGCUCUUGUUUUUGCAGACAAGAUCUACCGAAAAGUUGGUGAAGGCACCUUUGGUCAGGUUCUGGAGUGCUGGGACAGGGAAACUAAAGAAAUGGUUGCUAUAAAAGUAGUUCGAAGUAUCAAGAAAUACCGGGAAGCGGCAAUGAUGGAACUUGAUGUGCUCCAGUUGCUUGGUAAAUAUGGCAGAUAUGGUGGCCAUUGUGUUCAAUUACGGAACUGGUUUGACUAUCGCAAUCAUAUCUGCAUUGUAUUCGAGAUGCUUGGACCAAGCUUGUAUGAUUUUCUUUGGAAAAGUAAUUAUCGCCCCUUUUCAGUUGACCUUGUCCAGGAGCUUGGCAGACAACUAUUGGAAUGUGUAGCAUUUACGCAUGAUUUGCGUCUCAUCCAUACUGACUUGAAGCCUGAGAAUAUACUUUUUGUUUCCCCAGCAUAUGCAAAAAUACCUGACUACAAGAGGGAACUUGCUACAAGGGGUUGCCAAAAUCAAGUGCCAUCAAGGUUAUUGAUUUGGAUAGUACUGUAUAUGAGCAUCAAGAUGAUAACUCCAUUGUCUCCACAAGGCACUAUCGAGCACCUGAGGAUUAGGAUGGAGUUACCCAUGUGACAUAUGGAGUGUUGGUUGUAUCUUGGUGGAACUGUGCUCUGUAUGUUUAUUGUUAUAAAGCUUAUUAUUGCAAAUUUCAGAUGCUAGAUGGUAAGAAUGGUACAAAUAUACUUGUUUAGAGGGAGAAGCUUUGUUUCAAACUCAUGAGAACUUGGAGCACCUUGCCAUGAUGGAGAAGGUUUUGGGUCCAUUGCCUCAGAACAUGUUAAAAAGAGUGGAGUUUGUGUAUUUAUACUCUCAGUGCUGCAAAAUCAUUUUUCUUAUAGUCUUGGUUCUUUUUGUCAAGUCGGCAUCCUGAGAAGUAUGUCAAAAGGGGUAGACUGGAUUUACCAGAGGAUGCUACCUCAAGGGAGAGCAUUAAAGCUGUUUUGAAGUUGCCUCGUCUUCAGAAUCUGGUGAUGCAGCAUGUAGAUCACUCUGCAGGGGAUUUGAUUGACCUAUUGCAAGGUGUUCUUAAAUUUGACCGUUGCAGUCGAUUAACUGCUCAUCAAGCCCUCAGGCAUCCCUUCUUCACCAGAGAUCAUUGCCUGAGAUUCUUAAGGGUUUUAUUUUUUUAUUUUUUAUUUUUUAGUAUUUUUCUUCAACGCUGGUUUUUAUAUUGCUUGCUCAAAUUGUGUAGAUUUGGUCCAGGCUUAGGCAAGAGGGCUAUGUGGUUGGUGAUGAAUUCUGCGUGACUCCUUUAAUAGAGAAAAGGGCGGACCGGGAUUCUUGGGUCUCUAUAGUUUUUUGUUAGCUUUGUAUUAGCUAAUAGAGAAAAGGGCGGACCAGGAUUCUUGGGUUUCUGUAGUUUUUUGUUGGAAAGGCAUUCUCCCCUGAUCCUUGUAGAAGAUGUUCCGUCUUAAAUUGUAUGGGAGAUGGAGAAUGGAAUUAAAAAAGAAAUGUGGAUGAGACUAAGAAAAAGAGAGUUGACCAA